AUGCCUCCUAGAACUCGAGCUACCAUGGGGAUGGAUACCCCAGCUAGCAAUGAUGAAUACGAACCUACCACUGGGCCACCAGGCCCAACACCAACAACCAAUACCUUGAUACAAAUGAUGAUGGAAUAUUUGAAAAAGCAAGAUGAAUAUCUGAAAAAGCAAAAUGAAUGUCUGAAGAGAAUGAAUGAAUAUUGGGACAGAAGGAUGGGAAAAUCCUUACAAAAAUCAUCUGAAAACUCUGAUUCUCUGUCAAGAGAUCAAGAGGAUAUGAAACAAGGGGAGGAUGAGAUGAAACUGGCUACACAAGUCACUGUCACUACUCCUCCAUCUACUGAAGAACCCCCUGAAGAACCAACCAUCAAAGAACCCCCUGCGAGAACCACCAAAGAACCCUCUAUGAGAGCCACCAAAGAACCCCCUGCAAGAACCACUAUGCUGAGAUUGAUCAUUAAGAAUACCAUAACCACCACCACCACUGUUAUCAGAGAACCUCUUGAACAUUGA